CAUGAGCUCAUCAGAGGCUCUCAGAGGAAACACGACUUCAUCUCUGCAGCUGGUUCUCAGAGAUUCUUUCACCACAGCAGUUGUGAAGAACCUGAUCGUGGUUCUGGUCUGGCUCAUCCUCACUUACAUCAACAGCACUCUGGUUGCCACUUUCUUUAGACACCAGGUUUUUUACGACGAUCCUCGUUACAUCCUCUUCAUCCACAUGGUGAUCAACGAUGGCGUUCAGCUGACCGUGACCAUCACUCUUUUCAUCCUCAGCUACAUUUUCUACAAGCUCAACGUCUCUUUCUGCUGCUUCUUCAUCCUGGUGGCGGUCUUCACCACCAGAAACACUCCGGUCAACUUAGCCAGCAUGGCCAUGGAGCGCUACGUGGCCAUCUGCGUGCCCCUGCGGUACGCUCAGAUCUGCACGGUGAGGAGGACCUACGUGGUGAUCGGGUUGAUCUGGUUCAUUUGUGUGGCUCCUGAUAUCACAGACCUGUUUGUGACUCUGGCGACGGAGCCUUUGAGCUUCUUUCACGAGUCUGUGUUCUGCUUGCGUCAGAAUGUCUUCAAAGACGUGAUCCUGGCUGAAAAAAGGAAAGCCUUUGACAUCAUCUAUUUCUCCUGCGUGUUUCUGGUUCUGGUCUUCACCUACCUGAGGAUCCUGUUUGCGGCCAGGGCCCUCUCCACCGAGAGGACGUCGGCCAAGAAAGCCAGGAACACCAUCCUCCUUCACGGCGCCCAGCUGGCCAUGUGCAUGCUCUCCUACAUCUCCCCGAGCGUCGAGGUCGUGCUGCACAUCAUCUUCCCGGGUCGCAUCCUGGAGAUCAGAUUUGCGAACUACCUGAUCGUUUACAUCCUGCCUCGGUUCCUGAGCCCGAUCAUUUACGGCGUCCGAGACCAGAAGUUCAGGAAACAUCUCAGGUUGUACCUUCUGUGCUGCAGGUGCAACCGCACCUCGCAGAAAACACUUCCCACUGGACAAGCUUGAAAAAUCCUGUAAGAAAUUAAACUUUUUAAGGCAAAUAAAAAAUGGA